AUGAUUUCCCUGCACAAGUUCGCUGUCUCUGUGCUCCUGAUCCUCUCCGUCACCUUUGUCUUCUUCGCCCAGACCGCUGAGGCGACCAAGGGACCCAAGAUCACCCACAAGGUCUACUUCGACAUCACCCACGGCGAUGAGGAACUCGGCCGCAUCACCAUCGGUCUCUACGGCAAGACCGUCCCCAAGACCGCUGAGAACUUCCGUGCCCUUGCCACCGGCGAGAAGGGCUUCGGCUACGAGGGUUCCACCUUCCACCGCGUCAUCAACCAGUUCAUGAUUCAGGGAGGAGACUUUACCAAGGGCGACGGCACCGGUGGCAAGUCGAUCUACGGCGCCAAGUUCCCCGAUGAGAACUUCAAGCUCAAGCACACCCGCAAGGGUCUCUUGAGCAUGGCCAACAGCGGCAAGGACACCAACGGCUCCCAGUUCUUCAUCACCACCGUCAUUACCAGCUGGCUCGAUGGCCGCCACGUCGUCUUCGGCGAGGUUCUCGACGGAUACGACGUCGUCGACAAGAUCGAGAACGUGCCCAAGGGGUCUGGCGAUAAGCCCGUCAAGACGGUCAAGAUCGCCAAGAGCGGAGAGCUCGAGGUGCCAGCGGAAGAUUUGUACGGCGUCGCAGGCGAUGAUGGCACCGAACUAGACGUCACCACCGACCAGACCACCAGCGCUGUUGAUGUCGCAACUACCCCUGCCACCAGCCAGGGCAGCAAGGUCCCCAUCCCCUCCAUUCCUGGCUCCGCGCUCAUGGAGGACGGACUUUCUUGGGGCCAGAAGCUUUUCUUCGUUGGCGCGAUUGUCGCUGUUUGCGUUCUUUUUUUACGCUCGCGUGGAGGAGCAAGCAGCUCCGGUGGCUUUAAGCAGAAGAGCAUGGCUUAG